AUGCUGCGCGACAAACCCACUCAACCCGUCCAACGACAGCGCCCACCCCCUCGCCCCGACUCUGAUCCCCUCGCCGCCGUUCUCCUCCCCCCUCCCGAUGAAACCCCCGACGCGCGCGAACGCAGGCUUCGUGCUGAGGAGGAGGCCAAGCAGCGCAGCGAGAAUAUCGACCGCAUGAUCCGCGACUCAGAGAGACACCAGCGCCGCAAAAAGGUCGUCAAAGUCCUUCUCCUCGGCCAGAGCGAGAGCGGCAAGAGCACAACUCUCAAACAAUUUCAGCUGCUGCACACACCGGCUGCGUUUCAUGCUGAGCGAAUUGCAUGGCGCUUCGUCAUCUACCUAAACCUUGUGCGGUCCAUUCGCCGGAUAAUCGAGGCAAUUAUGCCCGAGGAUGCCCAGGGUGCGGACGACCUGGAUGACUUCGACUCUAACGAGACCGCGUCGAUUAUUAUCACUUCCAACGGAUGCGGGCCCUCGAAUGCCAGCCAUGUGCCUACAUCAGCCUACGACGGCUACCGACGUCGUCUCUCACCGCUACUCCCUCUUGAGCAGCGACUGAUUCAGCAGCUGUCUGACCCUGAGGACAAUGAAGAGCAGGAGCCUACGCACUUACCCUCGCCCCCGCUUCACUCCCCUUCGAGCUUCAGCAUGGCGUCCACCUCCACUGCGACGCUCGCGCUGUCCUCAAGCGCCCCCGGGCGUCCCGCACCUCGAAUCAUGAUUCCCAACGGCACGGUGUCGUCGCCGACUUCGCCAGUGUCGCCAUCCGAGGAGCUCACUGUGCGUGUAACGUCGAAUUGGAAGAAGGCGUUCUCCGCGCUGGGCAAGAACCAGAGCCCGAAGAGCGCGCACUCGGGCGAGCUGCAAGGCUGGUGGGAGGACCCGGAUGACCCGGUGCAUAUCAUCAACCGCUGCGCACCCGUCAUGUCCGAGCUAUGGCGCGACGUGCGCGUGCGACACCGGCUCGCAGAGAAGCGGCUCAGGCUCCAGGAGAGUAGUGGGUUUUUCCUUGACGAGAUUGACCGCAUCACUGCGAAGAUGUACUUCCCGACUGACGAGGACGUCCUGAAGGCGCGGCUGAAGACGACGGGCGUCGUGGAGCACACCUUCAGCCUCUCGAAGAGCAGCGAGUUCCGCGGGGUCGAUUGGAAGAUAUACGACGUCGGCGGGUCACGUAGCCAGCGCCACGCGUGGGCGCCGUAUUUCGACGACGUGAACGCCAUCAUAUUCCUGGCGCCGAUCAGCGCUUUUGACCAAGUGCUCACGGAGGACCCAGACACGAACCGCCUCGAGGACACGAUUUUCUUAUGGAACAGCGUUGUCUCGAACAAGCUGUUGGCGAACGUCAAUAUUGUGCUGUUCCUCAAUAAGUGCGACCUGCUCAAGGCGAAGCUGCAAAGCGGAGUGAAACUCAAACAACAUAUGACUUCGUAUGGUGAUAGGCCAAAUGACUACGACUCAGUAUCGAAAUAUUUUCGACACAAAUUCUUGGCGCUGCAUCAGAGCUUUACGCCCAACAAGGCGAGAGAACUCUUCAUCCACAUGACCUCAGUCACGGAUACGCGGAAAACGCAUACGAUCAUUACGAACGUGCGAGAUAUUAUCCUGACGGGUAAUUUGCGUUCCUCGUCUCUCAUGUAG